AUUUAGGGGUAUUGAAGUCUAGGCAUUGGUAUAUGAACCCUAAAUUCUCAUCUCUGAAGUUGCAGCGUGCCGAUACUGUUGAGGAGUGAAUCGCAGCGAAGUCAACAAUGCCGAAGCAAAUUCAUGAGAUCAAAGACUUCCUCCUCACUGCCCGGAGGAAGGAUGCACGUUCGGUGAAAAUCAAGAGGAGCAAAGAUGUGGUCAAGUUCAAGGUCCGGUGCUCCAAAUACCUGUACACCCUUUGUGUGUUUGACACUGAGAAGGCUGAUAAGUUGAAGCAAUCACUUCCCCCAGGUUUGAGUGUUCAAGACCUGUGAUUCUUAUCUGGUAAAAGAUGAAUUGAAGAUCAAGUUUUGCUUUGGCGCUUAUGCUUUACAUAUAUAUUUUUGUCAUUAUGUGGCUUAGUUGAUUAGCUUAUGAUUUUGAUUACAGAAGCCCCAACUCCUUUGUUUAAUGCAGUUUCACUGUUAUUUAGCUAAUUGAUUAGACCUUUAAUCCUAUGUUGAAAUCUUUCAUGGGUUCUCUUC